CGUAAAUCUCCGCCAAAUGCCAUCGGCUGUCGCUUCCGGCUGCCGGAACUUCAAUCACAAGUCGUCGGAGAAAUAAAUCUGAUAUUCCGUUCAUUUCUGUUCUGAUUUUCGUUUGAUUAGUUUCUCCUUCUUACAACAAUCUGGGGCCAAUUCAAUUCUACGGGAGAACAAAGCAGAGCUUCGAUCUUGUUUUCUCAAAAAAUGGAGGAGGUGCGUCGCGUCGCCUUCGAUGCUGCGAAGGAGAUGCAAUCGCCGCGCUUCCGCGCUAUUAUACGUGCUACGAGUGGCCGCCGGAAGAGAUAUUCGACGGACGUGAAGAGCUUUUCGCACGAAUUGAAUACGAAGGUCGCCAGUCCUCUUCCUAUUCGGAAGCUCCGCGGUCUCACGAGGCCUGAAGAUAUAAUGAAGGUGAUCAAGUCGAAGUUUAAACUGCUUAAAGAGGAGGUGAAUGCAGAGUUGGGUGUCUACGCUGGCGAUUUGGUUGGAAUUCUUGAUAAAGCUACAGAGGAACACUCGGAAUGGAGGGAGCCAUUAGAGGAUCUCCUGGUAAUCUCCCAGAAAUGCGCUGAAAUGUCGCCGGACGAGUUCUGGGUCAAAUGUGAGGGGAUUGUCCAGAACCUCGAUGAUCGUCGGCAUGAGUUGCCCAUGGGAACUCUCAAGCAAGUACACACGAGGAUACUCUUUAUUCUCACGAGGUGCACUCGACUGCUACAAUUUCAGAAGGAGGGUGCAUAUGGCGAGGAGGAGCAUGUUCUUGGCCUCCACCAGUUCAGUGAUCUUGGAUUUUAUCCGGACCAGUCUGAUUCUGGCCAGGCUCUUAAGAACCAGAUCACUGCCAAGGACAUCAAGGAGAAGAUCAUGAGGGCAAAAAUACAGGAGAAAAGAGUCAGUCUGUCUCAUUUGAAUCAAUAUUCGACUGGAGGGGCUGAGUCCCCAGCGAGCAGGGAUAGAAUUUCUUCUUGGAAGAAGCUUCCAUCUCCCGCUGAGAAGAAUCAGAAGAAAGAAGAAGCGGAGGUGGAUGACUUCCAGUUGAAGAAGUUGCCUUCUUUAGAGCUUCCGGAAAGAACAAAGCUUGACAUUGAUGAGAAAAUAGAAGUUUGCAAAUCCUCUGAGAUGCCAACUAAAAGCUCAGCUGAUAUAAUAAUUCAGGAUACGAGGUCCGAGACUGUUUUUGAUGGCAAAAGAAUGAUAAUAUGCCGCAUUUGUGAUUUUGAGAUACCAACCAUGCAUGCUGAAGGGCACUUUAAAGUAUGCACCAUUGCUGAUAGAUGUGACUCCAAGGGAUUAUCAGUUGAUGAACGGCUUCUGAAACUUGCUGAAAUUAUUGAGAAAAUUCUCGAUCAAUGCAAGCUAAAAGGCCCCGAGGAAGUUUCAGGAGUUGGAGAUUCCUGCAAAAGUGAAGAGUUUAAUGGGCCAAUCUCUACUAGAAACAAUGAGCAGUCCUCUACAAACGCUGGGCAGUGUCUUCCCAAUCCAUCUUCAUCUAGUACUGGUAGACGUGAUCUGGGGAUCUUAGCAUCUUCGUCCGAAAGCAUAAGCCCCCAGUCCCCUUUGAUGACACCUCAGACUAGCCUACUGAACUUUGUAUCGACUGACAAUAUAGCAUUUCAUGAGUAUGAAAAUUUUCAGCAGAUUCAAAGUUUGCUGGAUAUUGUUCGUUGCAUUGAGAGUGUAAGAAGCUGUGAUUAUACCUCAUUGGAUUACUUGAGUACCUGUUUAGAACGCUUGAAUGGUAUUAUUGGGGAUAGACUACUGGAUGGCCUCAUUAUUGAAACAUUUGGAAGACGGAUUGAGAAGUUGUUACAGGAAAAGUUCAUACAACUUUGUGGUCAAAUUGAUGAUGGAAAUAAGGAUGCUUCUAUUGAUGAAGAUGGUUCUAUAGAAACUGAUAGUGGGCGUAGCUCUCGAACAAGCCCUUUGAGCUCAAUGAUUAAGGAUCGAACUUCCAUUGAAGAUUUUGAAAUCAUAAAACCAAUCAGCAGAGGGGCAUUUGGAAGAGUUUUUCUUGCAAAGAAAAGAGUUACUGGGGACCUUUUUGCAAUCAAGGUUCUUAAAAAGGCUGAUAUGAUUCGUAAGAAUGCAGUUGAAAGUAUUUUGGCUGAACGUAACAUUCUUAUCUCUGCUCGAAAUCCUUUUGUGGUGCGGUUUUAUUAUUCGUUCACAUCUAGGGAAAACCUUUAUUUGGUGAUGGAAUACCUGAAUGGUGGUGACCUUUAUUCUUUAUUGAGAAAUUUAGGAUGUUUAAGUGAAGACAUGGCUCGAUUAUACAUUGCUGAAGUAGUUCUUGCACUGGAAUACUUGCAUUCAUUGAAUGUUAUUCAUCGGGAUCUUAAACCAGACAAUUUAUUAAUAGCUCGUGAUGGUCAUAUAAAGUUGACUGAUUUUGGGCUCUCUAAAGUUGGACUUAUCAACAGCACUGAUGAUUUAUCUGGCCCAGAUGUUAGUAGUGCUGUAAUUUUUGAUCAGGCACCAAUACCAUCAGCUCUACGAGCAGAAAAACGAGAGCAAAGGCGAAAACAAUCUGCUGUUGGGACUCCUGAUUACUUGGCACCGGAGAUACUUCUUGGAAUGCCGCAUGGCCCAAAUGCUGAUUGGUGGUCAGUUGGAGUUAUUCUUUUUGAAAUGCUUGUAGGUAUUCCACCAUUUAAUGCUGAACAUCCACAGAAAAUUUUUGACAAUAUUAUGAAUCGAGACAUAUCAUGGCCACAAAUACCACAAGAGAUGAGCCAUGAAGCCUAUGACUUAAUUAAUAAGCUCCUUAUUCAGAAUCCACUCCAAAGAGUUGGAGCCACUGGAGCAGGAGAGGUAAAGGCUCAUCCCUUCUUCAAAGACAUAAACUGGGACAUGCUUGCAAGACAGAAGGCUGCAUUCAUUCCCUCAACGCAGGAUGAUGAAGACACCAGUUAUUUUGAGAGUCGACAUGCUUGGAAUUCAGAUGAUGCUCAAAUUCAUUCAGACUCUAAUGAAAUUUAUGACAUGAUCGAUACUGGAAGCGCAAGUGAUUGUAGUAACCCAGGAAGCUGUGAAGACGAUGAUGAAGAUGAAUUCGUGGCAGACCUUAGUUCUCGAAACAUUGAGAUGAAGUAUUCAUUCAGCAAUUUCUCAUAUAAGAAUCUAUCUCAGCUUGCUUCAAUGAACUAUGAUCUAAUCACAAAGUGUAGCAAAGACCAGAAUUCCAAUAUCUAAACAAUAUUUCAGCUGACUCGCCUUUGUCUUGUACCAAAGUUGAGUGAUGGUGAUAAGGUCAGUUUCUAUGUGGAAAUUAUUUUCAAUUUUGAUUCUUUUAUUCUUUAAUUACUUUAUUAUUUAAGUUCUUAGAUCUGUCCACAAAAUGUACAUAAUAUUUAUCUUUUCACCUUUUUUAUUUUCUUUUUAAAUCCUGAGAUAUUUUCAUUAUGUGCCAAUUGGUGCUUCUUCAAUUGUAUAUUUU